AUCACACAUGCGCUGUCAGUGUGUAAACAAUACAUACAUAAUAAUUACAGUAUACUAUUGGCCGCAAAAUUAUUUCGGGUCAACAAAUAUAACAUGUGAUUUUCGCGGCGCCCGACUAUUACAUCCGUGGUCAUCAUCAAGCGGUCACACACUUUGAACGGUCAAUUGGUACAUAUCAGACACACGCGAGCGGACGGACGGACGGACGGACGGACGGAUAAAUGGUUUGGCGGCGGCUAAGUCUAAUGGAUUUGGCCGCUGUCGGCGGUUUUAUCGGUAUCAUCGGUGCCGGCGCCGGACUAACAGUGGUCAACCAUCGUCGCCAACAAGUACGCAAACAAGACUACUAUAAGCAAGCUAUGAAGCUGUUCGAGGCCAAUAAGGCAGCCGUCGAUCUGGUCGGCUAUCCUGUCUACCGAUACCGUAUUGAUUUGAGUGAUAGCGAAAACAAUUGGUUCGGUCCGAUGGCCACUCGUAUUAAAGUACCGAUCAAAGGUACGAAACGUUCCGGUAAUCUACAUGUUUGGGCCGAUCGAGUGGACACCGAUUGCCCGAAGGAAUGGACAGUCAGACGCAUUGAGAUGACAUUGGAUGACAUAUACGACAGGAAAGUGUUGGUCUAUAAAAACAACGAUAAAUCUAAAAUCAAUUCAAUUGAUUGA